AUGACAUUACAACCAUUAACUUAUUCUCAUCCUAUUAUCAAUGAUUUUGCACGUGAAAAAUUUUAUGAACUUGCUAAAAAAAAUAUUCAGUCGUUAAAUCCUAAAUUUCGUACUAAAGCUGCUAUCACUCGUGUUCAAAGCAAAAGAAUAAUCAAUGUAGUUCAGAACAACCUAUCUACUGAAAAUGUUUCCGGUCGUUUUUCUCACUGGUGCAAGCAAACGUUCGCGCUUCGUCUUAUCGCUGGUCAUCAACUUUUAUGUGAUUUUAAAGAAGUUAAACCUGUUCUUUUAUACGAAGAUAUAUACGAUGUUUAUCAGACAAGCCACAACAUGUCGUAG